AUGAGUGUGGAAGUGUCAGACCUGCCCAGUGGACCGCUGGACAUCUACAGGAAUAAAGCCUCAUUCAACUGGAAACACAUGCGCUGCUUUAUAGAAGGAGAUGACAUCAUGGCUUUUAAGCAUAAAGUAUUUCAAACUCUUGAGAAUGACCCUGUUUUUGCUCGUCGCCCUGGAGAAGAUAUACCUAUGGAUAAGAUGAGAGAACUUACUUUCCUCAGGGUGAAGCAACUUUUCUGCUAUGACUUAUUACCUGACGAUCAGUUUUAUGCCAACCCUUGGACGUAUGUUAUCCUGAAUGACUGCCUCGGCAUGUACGACUGGGCGGUAUCAGCCAAGUUCUUCCUCAACAAAGGGAUGUUUCGUAACACUGUUGAGCGAUCCGGAUCAGAAAGACAUCACAAAUACUUGGAGUCUGUGGAUGACAUGACGUUCUUCGGGUGCUUUGCUCUGACCGAACUAAGCCACGGCAGUAACACUAGAGCCAUGAGGACGACCGCCACGUAUGACGCCAUCACCCAGGAAUUCGUAAUCAACUCUCCGGACUUUGAGGCGGCUAAAUUCUGGGUGGGGAACCUCGGAAAGACCGCGACGCAUGCUGUGUUGUACGCUCAGCUCUUAACUCCGGAUCAAGUGUGCCACGGACUGCACUCCUUCAUCGUCCCGGUGAGGGAUCCCAAGACGCUGCUUGCUCUGCCUGGUGUGAUGGUGGGAGACAUGGGCAAAAAGCUGGGACAGAACGGAUUAGACAAUGGUUUUGCAUUGUUCCAUAAUGUGAGGAUCCCACGUGAAAACCUGCUGAAUUCCACAGGAGAGGUGACCCCUGAUGGCCGUUAUGUGACCCCAUUUAAGGACCCUAACAAGCGUUUCGGGGCGUCUCUGGGUGCUCUGUCCGGGGGCAGAGUGUCCAUCACCAGAAUGGCUCUUGUGAACUUGAAACUGGCUCUGACCAUCGCCAUCCGCUUCUCCGCCACCAGGAGGCAGUUCGGACCAAAGGACACAGAGGAGAUCCCAGUACUCGAGUACCAGCUGCAGCAAUGGCGCCUGAUCCCGUACCUGGCUGCGGCGUAUGCACUGGAGCACUUCAGCAAAAGCUUCUACAUGAACUUUGUGGAGUUCCAAGUGGGACUGAUGAUGCGGGACAAGAGUGACAGACAGUCGGAGCUCGGCAGAGAGAUCCAUGCCAUGGCGUGUGCCGCUAAACCCCUGGGCUCAUGGACAGCUCAGAAGGGCAUCCAGGAGUGUCGAGAGGCCUGCGGAGGACACGGAUACCUGGCUAUGAAUCGUCUGGGAGACCUGAGGAAUGACAAUGAUCCAAACUGCACUUAUGAAGGAGACAACAACGUCCUGCUGCAGCAGACCAGCAGUUAUCUGCUCAGCUGCCUCCAGCACAGAGAGCACAACAAUGGUAAUAUGGAGUCUCCUCUUCACACUGUGGAUUUCCUCAACGAUUUCCAUCAAAUCCUGGAGACAAAGUUCACGGCCUCGACAGAAGAAGAGUGUAUGGAUCCUGCAGUGUCGGUGGCGGCCUACAAAUGGUUGGUGUGUUUUCUGUUGGACGAGAGCCACAAGAGGCUGCAGCAGCAAAGGAGCAUGGGAAAGGACGAGUUUGAAGCCCGGAACAACAGUCAAGUGUACUACUGCCGCUCCCUGUCACUGGCGUACAUCGAGCUGACCUGUCUGCAGAGGUUCUACGAUCUGACCAGAGCAGAGGACACUCCGGCUGACCUCAGAGCAGUCCUGCACAAGCUGUGUGGCCUUUACGGACUGUGGAGCCUGAACAGCCACAUGGCCACGCUCUACCAAGGCGGUUACCUCAGCAGACGCCAGCCAGCACAGAUGAUCCAGAAGGCCAUCCUGUCCCUCUGCGCACAGCUCAAAGACGACUCUGUGUCGCUGGUGGAUGUGUUGGCUCCUCCGGACUUCAUCUUAAACUCUCCCAUCGGACUCUCAGACGGUCAGCUGUACAAAAACCUGUGGUCCACGGUGAUGCAGGGCCCCGAGGUUCUGCAGAGACCGUCCUGGUGGAAGGAGUUCUGCUCACACAAGCCUCAGGUGGGAUCUCUCCAGGCCAAACUCUAG